AUGUCACUAGAUCCGAAAUACGCGGACUUACCAUGGAUUGCGCAUGGACAACCAGAUGUCUACGAGGCUGGAGAGCUCCCGGAAGCAGAUCAAACGAUGAAGGAAACCGUCGAGGAUACUAUGUCAGCUAGAGAGAUCGAAGUUGUUAAACUAUCAGUAUCAGAAGCACAUAAACGUUUUGCUGGCUGCAAGGUCGAUUCUUCAAAUGUUGACUUUUCCGACUCAAUAUCUGGGAAUGGUAAAAUUGGAUAUGCAAUAGAAAUGGAUCAGUAUGAUCUUUUUUCUCCCGAGUCAAAGGAUAAAGAAUCACUUGUAAACAGGUUCCAGCGUCUGCAAACUGAGACACUUCAGUUGAUUAGUGACAUACAAGUUGUAUCAGACCAAAAUAAUCUAAACCCAAAAGAACCUAUUUCUACUGCUCAUCUACUGUCGUGCGCAGAAAUGUUAUCUAAGAAGUUAUCAACGAUUAAUCCUGCCGAAUUAUCUACAGUAUGCUUGGACUCAUCUGAUACUGUUGGUCAAACGUUGCAUAGUAAAAUUUUGAGACAGAUCGACGAGUUCAAACCGGAAAAACCAGCUUCUAGAAGUUCAAAUAAGUCAAAUCAUUUAAUCUACGAAAUAUAUGAUCGAAAGAGCUCUAUCCAGCAAUCAGACGCUGAAAAAGUGGCAGAUGUCGAUCGUCGGAUUCAUCGCAUCGAAGCUCUUAUUGGCCAGCCAGAUCCUAACAAACUCACAGCUCUAACAGCAGAUACAACUACUCAUGGUCUUCUGGAAGCAUGUUCGCGUUUGUCUGCUCGUUCGUCGUUAUUUCAGCAGGGAUAUCUUGAUAUGAUCGAAGCUCGUCUAGCAUCACUGCAAGGGAAGUUACAAGCUGUUACUGAAAAGCGAGAGGCUAUCGCGGAUUAUGAUAUGCAAAAUAAAAUCGCAGAACUUUACGAACUGGUAAAGAAAUGGAAUGAUGUGGCCGAUAGUUUACCUAUGAUUGUAGAACGACUCAGCACCCUAAAAUCACUACAUGAAGAAGCGUCUCAAUUUAGCCAAUCUCUGCGUACAAUAGAAUCAAGUCAAAAAAAUGUGGAAGGAAGUUUAUCUUCGUAUACCAAACUUUUAGAAGAGUAUUCUUUACGUAAUGUUUUAUUGACAACUGUUCGUUUUGGGACCACUUGCUUAUAG